ACAAACCCCAACUCUCGAAGUGUUUUUUAUCAACCGAGAGAGACAGUGCGACAGUUCACCCUGAAUCAUCCGCUGGAGCACAUCCAGCUCCAGUUUGGAUAUUUUAUCACCUCUGUCGCCAACCGAGAGACAAAUCCAAGUGAUUUUAGCGUAAAUACCAGAUAAGUCAUGGGCGAUUCGUUGGACGGGACGGGCGAGCCCACGCCAGAAUCGCAGAACAUUGUGAUUGUUGAUUACACGUCAUUUGCGAAUUUUCUCCGGAAAAUCGUGCCCAUCCUCGCUCUCGACGAGGACGGGGUACCCUCUGCCUUCGUCGCGGCGCUCGACGACAAGAGUCAUCAGGAGUACAUUCGCAAGUUCAUCGGGGAUUCGCAGGUAUGGGCGUUGUGCAUCCAACGGAGCUCGACGAAAGAGGAGGACAACGGCGAAGGGGACGACGAGAAGGACACCACGAUGUACCACAUCUCAAACGAGAUAUACUUCACAAACCCAAAAAUGGCAUCGAUAGUCCUGACGAAACGCGGUGGAGUGAUCGAGGCGGACAAAUCCAUCUCCUCCCAAGUGAGAAUCGUGAACCUCUCGGACGGGCCCCCGUACGAGACCCUCCACGCGAUCAGCAAGACAAUGGCCCCAUUCUUCAAGAGCUACGUGAAAGAGACAGGCCGAGCGGACCGAGACGGCGACAAGAUGGCCCCGUCCGUCGAGAAGAAGAUCGCCGAGUUGGAGAUGGGUCUUCUCCACCUCCAGCAGAACAUCGACAUCCCAGAGAUCUCGCUGCCAGUGCACCCUCUGGUGAUGCAGGUGAUCAAGCAAUGCGCCGAGGAGAACCGAAAACCCAAAGUCGCCGAUUUCGGGGACAAAGUCGAGGACUCGACGUUCCUGAAUCAGUUGCAGAACGGCGUCAACAGAUGGAUCAAGGAGAUCCAGAAGGUGACGAAAUUGAAUCGAGAUCCUGAGUCUGGCACAGCCCUCCAGGAGAUCUCCUUCUGGCUGAACCUAGAGAGAGCCCUCCACCGAAUCCAGGAGAAGCGUGAGAGCACAGAAGUCACUCUGACCCUGGACAUCCUGAAGCACGGGAAGAGAUUCCACGCCACAGUCUCCUUCGACACUGACACCGGUCUAAAGCAAGCCCUCGCUACAGUCAACAACUACAACCCCCUGAUGAAGGACUUCCCCAUAAACGACCUGCUGUCAGCAACUGAGCUCGAGAGGAUCAGAGCAGCUGUCCAGCAGAUCUUCAUGCACAUGAGGAAGAUCAGAAGCACAAAGUACCCCAUCCAACGUGUCCUCCGACUGGUGGAGGCAAUCUCUCGAGACCUGAGCCAACAGCUGCUGAAGGUCCUGGGCACUAGGAGACUGAUGCACAUUCCCUUCGACGAGUUCGAGAAAGUCAUGGCACAAUGCUUCGAGGUAUUCAUCACGUGGGACGACGAGUACGACAAGCUGACUGGUUUACUCAGGGACUUCGUGAAGAAGAAGAGGGACGAGCACAUGAAGAUGGUGUGGAGGGUGUCCCCAGCUCACAAGAAACUACAGACUCGAAUGGACCAGAUGAGGAGGUUCAGGAGGCAGCACGAGCAGUUGAGAACAGUUAUCGUUCGCGUUUUGAGACCGACGGUUCGCCAGAACAGCAACAAUCCAGCCAUUGAAAAUCCAGAUAACGAUAAUGUCAAGGUGGAGUUCGCUCUGGACGCUGCUGACGCCAAUGCCAUAAGCGAAGUUAACUUGGCUUAUGAGAAUGUGAAGGAGGUCGACUGCCUGGACAUCACGAAGGAGGGGCUCGAGUCCUGGGAGGCGGCUGUUCACAGGUAUGAGGAGAGGAUCGAGAGGGUCGAGGCGAGAAUAACAGCUCAUCUGAGGGACCAGCUGGGAACGGCCAAGAAUGCCAACGAGAUGUUCAGGAUCUUCUCGAGGUUCAACGCACUCUUCGUGAGGCCCCACAUUCGUGGUGCCAUCAGGGAGUAUCAGACCCAGCUGAUUCAGAGGGUGAAGGACGACAUCGAGGCUCUUCACGAGAAAUUCAAGGUCCAGUAUCCCCAGAGCAAGUGCUGCAAGAUGAGCAUGGUGAGGGACAUUCCACCUGUCUCCGGCUCCAUCAUCUGGGUCAAGCAGAUUGACUACCAGUUGACGAUGUACCUCAAGAGGGUCGAGGAUGUCUUGGGAAAGGGCUGGGAGAAUCACAUCGAGGGGCAGAAGCUGAAGGCCGAUGGCGACAGCUUCAGGAUGAAGCUCUCCACGCAGGAGAUCUUUGAUGACUGGGCUCGCAAGGUCCAGCAGAGGAAUAUUGGAGUCACUGGGAGGAUCUUCACCAUCGAGAGUGUCAGGUCCAGGUCUGGGAGGGGAAAUGUCCUCAAGCUCAAGGUGAAUUUUCUCCCUGAGAUCAUCACUCUGUCCAAGGAGGUCAGGAACCUCAAGAAUCUGGGGUUCAGGGUCCCUCUGGCUAUUGUCAACAAGGCUCAUCAGGCCAAUCAGCUGUAUCCGUUUGCCAUCAGUCUUAUUGAGAGCAUCAGGACUUAUGAGAGAACUCUUGAGAAGAUCGAGGACAAGGCUAGUAUCAUUCCUCUGGUUGCGGGCAUGAGGAAGGAUGUGCUUUCUCUAUUCUCAGAGGGCAUAGCUCUAGUCUGGGAGUCCUACAAGCUCGAUCCCUACGUCCAGCGUCUCUCCGAGAUAGUAGUUCAAUUCCAGGAGAAGGUCGACGACCUCCUGGUCGUCGAAGAGCAGCUGGACGUCGACGUGCGCUCCCUGGAGACCUGUCCCUACUCAGCCAACACCUUCGUGGACAUUCUCUCGAAAAUCCAGAAGUCAGUGGACGAGUUAUCCCUCAAGAACUACUCGAACCUGCACAUCUGGGUGGCUCGUCUCGACGAGGAAGUGGAGAAGAACCUGGCAGCUCGACUGGAGGCAGGGGUGAAGGCCUGGACCGACGCCCUCAUGGGCCACAAGAAGGAGGUCGACCUCAGCAUGGACACCGACGCCCCAGCGAAGCCCACGCACAAGCCAGGGGGCGACCCAAAGAUCCAGAACCAGAUCCACGAGGUCAGGAUCACGAACCAAACGAUGUACCUCUACCCCAGCAUCGAGGACGCCAGAUUCCAGAUAAUGCAGCAGUUGUUCGCCUGGCAGGCCAUCGUCACCUCGCAGGUGAGGCUCCAGAGCUCGAGGUACCAAGUGGGUCUCGACAAACCAGAGUCCGGGACCUACAGGAACCUCCUGACGAAGUUACCUGGAGGCAAAACCCCCCUGGAAGCCGCCUACGAGGCUGUCGAGUCCAAGAUGAAGGACAUCGCUGAUUACGUUGACCAGUGGCUGCGGUAUCAGGCCCUCUGGGACCUCCAGCCAGACAACCUGUACGGAAAACUCGGCGAGGACAUCAACCUCUGGAUGAAGUGCCUCAACGACAUCAAGAAGACACGAACGACAUUCGACACCUCAGACACACGACGAGAGUUUGGCCCCGUGAUAAUCGACUUUGCCAAAGUGCAGAGUAAAGUCUCACUGAAGUACGACUCCUGGCACAAGGAGACGCUGGGAAAAUUCGGGGCCCUUCUGGGCAACGAGAUGGUGGGAUUCCACGGACAAGUGUCGAAAUCCAGGAGUGACCUCGAGCAGCAGUCGAUCGAGGCUGCCAGCACGACCGACGCUGUUGGAUUCAUCACGUACGUUCAGUCCCUGAAGAGGAAGAUGAAGGUGUGGGAGAAGCAGGUGGACGUCUACAGAGAGGGUCAGAGGAUCCUGGAGCGUCAGAGGUUCCAGUUCCCCACGAGCUGGCUGCACGUCGACAACAUCGAGGGCGAGUGGGGGGCCUUCAACGAGAUCAUCAAACGAAAGGACUUGAGUAUUCAGACACAGGUGGCCAGCCUCCAGAUGAAGAUCGUCGCCGAGGACAAGGCCGUUGAGACUAGAACAACGGACUUCCUGAAUGACUGGGAGCGAGGGAAACCGGUGGAGGGGCAUCUCCGCCCUGACGACGCCCUCCAGCAGCUCCAGCUGUUCGAGAGUAAAUUCGCGAGGCUCAAGGAGGAGCGCGACAACGUGGCCAAAGCGAAAGAGGCCCUCGAGCUGCAGGAGCCAGGUGGUGUGUCGACGAGUGAAGACAGGAUGCUCGUGGUCUUCGAGGAGCUGCAGGACCUGCGUGGCGUCUGGUCCGAAUUAUCCAGGAUCUGGGCGCAAAUCGACGAGACGAGGGAAAAGCCCUGGCUGUCAGUACAGCCGAGGAAACUUCGUCAGCAACUGGACACGAUGAUGGCUCAGCUGAAGGAGCUCCCAGCGAGGCUACGACAGUACUCCUCCUACGAGUACGUCAAGAAGAUGCUGCAGAACUACACCAAAGUGAACAUGUUAAUAGUCGAGCUGAAGUCUGAUGCCUUGAAGGAGCGCCACUGGAAGCAGCUGACGAAGCAGCUGCGAGUCAAUUGGAUCCUGAGUGAGCUCACCCUGGGACAGGUGUGGGACGUUAAUCUCCAGAAGAACGAGAGCAUCGUCAAGGACAUAAUCCUCGUGGCGCAGGGGGAGAUGGCCCUCGAGGAGUUCCUGAAGCAGGUCAGGGAGUCCUGGCAGACCUACGAGUUGGACCUCAUCAACUACCAGAGCAAGUGCAGACUGAUCAGGGGCUGGGACGACCUCUUCAACAAGGUGAAGGAGCACAUUAACUCGGUCGCUGCAAUGAAGCUGUCGCCGUACUACAAAGUCUUCGAGGAGGAGGCCCUCACCUGGGAGGAGAAACUCAACAGGAUCAACGCGUUGUUCGACGUCUGGAUCGACGUGCAGCGUCGCUGGGUCUACCUCGAGGGAAUUUUCUCGGGGAGUGCUGACAUCAAGACCCUUUUGCCUGUCGAAACCUCCAGAUUCCAGAGCAUCAGCUCUGAGUUCCUGGGGCUCAUGAAGAAGGUCUCCAAGUCCCCGAUGGUGAUGGACGUGCUGAAUAUUCCAGGGGUGCAGAGGGCCCUCGAGCGUCUGGCUGAUCUUCUUGGGAAGAUCCAGAAGGCCCUUGGGGAGUACCUGGAGAGGGAGAGGACCUCCUUCCCUCGGUUCUACUUCGUUGGAGACGAGGAUCUCCUCGAGAUCAUUGGAAACAGCAAGAACGUGGCUAGACUCCAGAAGCACUUCAAGAAGAUGUUCGCCGGGGUGGCUGCCAUCAUCCUGAACGAGGAGAACAACGUCAUCCUGGGGAUUGCCUCCAGGGAAGGGGAGGAGGUGUACUUCCAGAGUCCAGUGUCAACGAUCGAUCAUCCCAAGAUCAACGAGUGGCUGACCCUCGUCGAGAAGGAGAUGCGAGUGACACUGGCCUCGAGCCUGGCCAAAGCUGUGCAAGACAUCAAGCAGUUUAAGGACGGCAACAUCAACGCUCAGGCCUUCAUGUCCUGGUGCGACAACUACCAAGCGCAGAUAAUUGUUCUUGCCGCCCAGAUCCUGUGGUCUGAGGACGUCGAGGCUGCUCUCCACGAGGCCCAGGCUGAUCCCACCAAAAACCCCCUCGAGAGAGUGCUGCUGCAGGUCGAGGGCACCCUCAAUGUCCUCGCUGACUCCGUCCUCCAGGAGCAGCCGGCCCUGCGACGAAAGAAGCUCGAGCACUUGAUCAACGAAUUCGUUCACAAGAGGACUGUCACGAGACGAUUGAUCGCGAAUAAAGUCAACAAUCCGAAGGCUUUUGAGUGGCUCUGCGAAAUGAGGUUCUACUUUGAUCCACGUCAGACUGAGGUGCUCCAGCAGCUGACGAUUCACAUGGCCAAUGCCAAGUUCUUCUAUGGGUUUGAGUAUCUGGGGGUGCAGGAUCGGUUGGUGCAGACUCCACUGACUGAUCGUUGCUAUCUCACCAUGACACAGGCACUCGAGGCUAGGCUGGGAGGCUCUCCUUUUGGACCUGCUGGCACUGGCAAGACUGAGUCUGUGAAGGCCCUGGGGCAUCAGCUGGGGAGAUUCGUUCUGGUUUUCAACUGCGAUGAGACCUUCGACUUCCAGGCGAUGGGCAGGAUUUUUGUGGGACUCUGUCAGGUGGGGGCGUGGGGGUGCUUCGACGAGUUCAAUCGUCUCGAGGAGAGGAUGCUGUCUGCUGUCUCGCAGCAGGUGCAGACCAUACAGGAGGCCCUCAAGAGCCAGAUGGAGGGGAAGAAGGAGGGGACCUUGUGUGUGGAACUCGUUGGGAAACAGGUCAAAGUCUCCACAGACAUGGCCAUCUUCAUUACUAUGAAUCCUGGGUAUGCUGGACGCUCCAAUCUCCCGGACAACUUGAAGAAGUUGUUCAGGUCACUGGCUAUGACCACUCCUGAUAGGCAACUUAUCGCUGAGGUCAUGCUGUUCAGUCAAGGGUUCAGGUCUGCUGAGAAACUCGCCUGCAAGAUUGUGCCUUUCUUCAAGCUCUGCGAUGAACAGCUGUCCAAUCAGUCGCAUUAUGACUUUGGGCUCAGGGCUUUGAAGUCCGUUCUCAUAUCUGCGGGGAAUGUCAAGAGGGACAGGAUUCAGAGGAUCAAGGAGGGCAUGCAGGGGCGCGGGGAGACUAAUAUCGAUGAGGCGUCCAUUGCUGAGAACCUGCCCGAACAGGAGAUUCUUAUCCAGUCGGUCUGCGAGACCAUGGUGCCUAAACUUGUCGCUGAGGAUAUUCCAUUGCUCUUCAGCCUGCUGAAUGACGUUUUCCCGAAUGUUAAUUAUACGAGGGCGGAGAUGAAAGGUUUAAAAGAUCAAAUCAGGAAAGUCUGUGCUGAAGAAUACCUCGUGUGUGGCGAGGGCGACGAACAAGGAGGUGCUUGGCAGGAGAAGGAAUUGGUCGGUGAGACAUGGGUAGAAAAGGUGCUGCAACUCUACCAGAUCUGCAACCUGAACCACGGUCUGAUGAUGGUGGGUCCGAGUGGCUCCGGCAAGUCCACAGCCUGGCGCGUCCUCCUGAAGGCCCUCGAGCGCUUCGAGGGGGUCGAAGGUGUGGCCCACGUGAUCGACCCCAAGGCCAUCAGCAAGGAGACCCUCUACGGAGUGCUAGACCCCAACACGAGAGAGUGGACAGACGGUCUGUUCACCCACAUCCUCAGAAAGAUAAUCGACAACGUUCGUGGCGAGAUAAACAAGCGCCAGUGGAUCAUCUUCGACGGGGACGUGGACCCCGAAUGGGUGGAGAACCUCAACUCAGUCCUCGACGACAACAAACUGCUGACCCUCCCCAACGGCGAGCGCCUCAGUCUCCCCCCGAACGUCCGAGUGAUGUUCGAGGUUCAGGACCUGAAGUACGCAACACUGGCCACAGUCUCCCGCUGUGGAAUGGUCUGGUUCUCCGAGGACGUUCUCUCCACCGAGAUGAUCUUCGAGAACUACCUGCUGCGGCUGAAGAACAUUCCCCUGGAGGACGGCGAGGACGACAACCUGGGUAAGAAGACCGAGAAAGAGGACAUGAUAUCCCCAGCACUGUCAGUCCAACGUGAGGUUGCCAGCAUCUUCCAGAGCUACUUCGCCCCCGACGGUCUGGUCGUGAGGUGCCUGGAGUACGCAAUGAAACAAGAGCACAUAAUGGACUUCACCAGACUUCGAGCCCUGAGCUCCCUCUUCUCGAUGCUGAAUCAGGCGGUUCGAAACGUCCUGCAGUACAACCACGCACACACAGACUUCCCCCUCCCCAGUGAGCAGCUGGAGCGCUACAUGCCGAAGUGCCUCAUCUACGCCCUCCUCUGGAGCUUCGCUGGAGACGCCAAGCUGAAGGUCCGGUCAGACCUGGGUGACUUUGUGAGAUCAAUAACGACGGUUCCCCUCCCGGCGCAGUCCAGCAUUGCUAUCAUUGACUUCGAGGUGAACAUCCACGGGGAGUGGCUGCCCUGGAGCAACAAAGUACCCCAGAUCGAGGUGGAGACCCACAAGGUCGCGAGCCCCGACAUCGUGGUGCCGACCCUCGACACAGUCAGGCACGAGAGUCUACUGUACACUUGGCUGGCUGAGCACAAGCCCCUGGUCCUCUGUGGGCCCCCAGGCUCUGGCAAGACAAUGACACUGUUCUCAGCCCUGAGAGCACUCCCUGACAUGGAGGUCGUGGGCCUCAACUUCUCCUCAGCGACGACCCCAGAGCUCCUCCUGAAGACGUUCGAUCACUACUGCGAGUACAGGAAGACCCCGAAUGGAGUUGUUCUGUCACCAGUGCAGCUGGGGAAGUGGCUGGUGCUGUUCUGCGACGAGAUCAAUCUCCCAGACAUGGACCACUACGGAACCCAGAGGGUGAUAUCGUUCCUGAGGCAGCUGGUGGAGCACAGGGGAUUCUACAGGACGAGUGACCAGGCCUGGGUGUCCCUGGAGAGGAUUCAGUUCGUUGGGGCUUGCAAUCCCCCCACCGACCCCGGGAGGAAGCCCCUGAGCCACAGGUUCCUGAGGCACGUGCCUGUUAUCUACGUGGAUUACCCUGGGGAGACCUCCCUCAAGCAGAUCUACGGAACGUUCACCAGAGCCAUGCUGAGGCUGACUCCCUCGUUGAGGGGGUAUGCUGAGCCCCUGACCAACGCAAUGGUCGAGUUCUACCUGGCCUCGCAGGAGAGGUUCACCCAGGACAUGCAGCCACACUACGUUUAUUCGCCACGUGAGAUGACGAGGUGGGUGAGGGGCAUCUGCGAGGCAAUCAGACCGCUCGACAGUCUCUCGGUUGAGGGGCUUGUUCGUCUCUGGGCUCACGAGGCCCUCCGGCUGUUCCAGGAUCGCCUGGUGGAGGACUCAGAGCGCGCCUGGACGAACAAGAACAUCGACAUUGUCGCGCUGAAGCACUUCAUGGGGGUCGAUCGUGAUAAGGCACUUGCCAGACCCAUUUUGUACAGCAAUUGGCUGUCCAAGGACUACGUUCCUGUCAACAGGGACGAGUUGAGGGAGUACGUGAGGGCUAGGCUCAAGGUGUUCUACGAGGAGGAGCUGGACGUUCCUCUGGUGCUGUUCGACGAGGUCCUGGAGCAUGUGCUGCGCAUUGACAGGAUCUUCAGGCAGCCUCAGGGGCAUUUGUUGCUGAUUGGGGUGUCUGGCGCUGGGAAGACCACUCUGUCGAGGUUCGUGGCUUGGAUGAAUGGGCUGUCUAUCUUCCAGAUUAAGGUGCAUAAUAAGUACACUGGGGAGGACUUCGAUGAGGACCUCAGGCAGGUCCUCAGGAGGUCGGGGUGCAAGGACGAGAAAAUCGCUUUUAUUCUGGAUGAGUCGAAUGUCUUGGAUUCUGGGUUCUUGGAGAGGAUGAAUACGCUUUUGGCUAAUGGGGAGGUUCCUGGGCUGUUUGAGGGCGAUGAGUACACGACGCUCAUGACUCAGUGCAAGGAGGGAGCCCAGAGGGAGGGACUCAUGCUGGAUUCAAAUGAGGAGCUGUACAAGUGGUUCACUGGACAAGUCAUGAAGAAUCUGCAUGUUGUCUUCACGAUGAAUCCCAGCACUGAUGGCCUCAAGGAUCGCGCUGCCACGUCACCUGCGCUGUUCAAUCGCUGUGUUCUCAAUUGGUUUGGCGAUUGGUCGGAUAAUGCGCUGUUCCAAGUGGGGAAGGAGUUCACGAGUCGAGUCGAUCUCGAGAGACCGUCCUGGAAGUGCCCCGAUUUCUUCCCGUCGGUCUGCUCGCUUAUUCCGGCGCAGGCCACUCACAGGGAUGCUGUCAUCAAUGCCUGUGUCUAUGUGCAUCAGACUCUUCACAAGGCCAAUGCCAGGCUGGCGAAGAGGGGCAGCAGGACGAUGGCCAUCACGCCGAGACAUUAUCUUGAUUUUAUCAAUCAUUUUGUCAAGCUGUAUCAGGAGAAGAGGAGCGAUCUCGAGGAGCAACAGCUGCAUCUCAAUGUGGGGCUGAGUAAAAUUGCGGAGACUGUGGAGCAGGUGGAGGAGAUGCAGAAGAGUUUGGCUGUGAAAUCGCAGGAACUUCAAGCUAAGAAUGAAGCCGCCAACGCCAAACUCCGUCAAAUGGUGAAGGAUCAGCAAGAAGCUGAGAAGAAGAAAGUCCAGAGUCAAGAGAUCCAGCAGCAGCUGGCAAUCCAGACUGUCGCUAUCGACCAGAAGAGAGAGUCCGUCAUGGCUGACCUGGCCCAGGUGGAACCAGCAGUCAUCGACGCCCAAACUGCGGUGAAAUCAAUAAAGAAACAGCACUUGGUCGAAGUACGUUCCAUGGCAAAUCCACCUGCAAUCGUCAAAGUUGCAUUGGAAUCAAUCUGCCUUUUACUUGGUGAAAAUGCUAGUGACUGGAAGUCAAUUCGCGCUGUCAUCAUGAGGGACAAUUUUAUCAAUACCAUUGUCUCUAAUUUCAGUACUGAGGACAUAACUGACGAAGUUCGUGAAAAAAUGAAGAGUCGUUACCUCAGCAAUCCUGACUACAACUUUGAGAAAGUCAAUCGUGCGAGUAUGGCGUGCGGACCUAUGGUGAAGUGGGCAACUGCUCAGGUUGAGUACGCCGACAUGCUGAAGCGAGUGGAGCCCCUGCGCGAGGAGCUGUACUCCCUGGAGCGCCAGGCCGAGACCAACAAAGAGAAAGGCGAAGAGGUGAAGCACCUGAUAGCGCAGCUGGAGCUGAGCAUCGCAUCCUACAAGGAGGAGUACGCCCAGUUGAUCUCCCAAGCCCAAGCCAUCAAGACAGACCUGGAGAACGUCCAGGGGAAGGUGGACCGUUCGAUCGCCCUGAUAAAAUCCCUGGUGAUCGAGCGGGAGAGAUGGGAGGCAACGAGCGAGACCUUCAGAAGCCAGAUGUCCACGAUAAUCGGCGACGUCCUCCUGUCCUCUGCCUUCCUGGCAUACGCUGGUUACUUCGACCAGCACUACCGCCAGAACCUCUUCACGACGUGGUGCCAGCACCUGCACCACGCGAACCUUCAGUUCCGCCCUGACAUCGCGCGAACAGAAUACCUAUCGAACCCCGACGAACGCCUGCGCUGGCAGGCGAACGCUCUCCCGACAGACGACCUCUGCACGGAGAACGCAAUAAUGCUGAAACGCUUCAACAGAUAUCCCCUGAUAAUCGACCCCUCAGGCCAGGCCACCGAGUUCAUAAUGAACGAGUUCAAGGACCGAAAGAUCACGAAGACGAGUUUCCUGGACGACUCCUUCAGGAAGAACCUGGAGAGUGCCCUGAGGUUCGGCAAUCCCCUGCUGGUGCAAGACGUCGAGAACUACGACCCCAUCCUCAACCCAGUGCUGAACAGAGAGCUGAGAAGAACUGGGGGCAGAGUGCUGAUCACCCUGGGCGACCAGGACAUCGAUCUCUCCCCCUCGUUCGUGAUUUUCCUCUCGACCCGAGACCCAACGGUGGAGUUCCCCCCAGACAUCUGCUCUCGCGUGACCUUCGUCAACUUCACAGUCACCAGGAGCUCCCUCCAGAGCCAGUGCCUGAACCAAGUGCUGAAGGCAGAGCGUCCAGACAUCGACGAGAAGCGAUCCGAUUUACUCAAGCUGCAAGGGGAGUUCCACCUUCGUCUGAGGCAGCUGGAGAAGUCCCUGCUGCAGGCUCUGAACGACGCCAAAGGAAAGAUUCUAGACGAUGACUCAGUCAUCACAACCCUCGAGACACUGAAGCAAGAGGCUGCAGACAUCAGCAAGAAGGUCGAGGAGACUGACAAGGUCAUCGCCGAGAUUGAGACUGUCUCACAGCAGUACAUGCCACUCUCCCAGGCCUGCUCCAACAUGUACUUCACCAUGGACUCCCUGAACCAGAUCCACUUUUUGUAUCAGUACUCCCUGAAGAUGUUCCUGGACAUCUUCACCUCAGUCCUAUCCCAGAAUCCCAAACUAUCAGGGAUAUCUGACUACACCCAGAGGCUCUCCCUCAUCACGAGUGAUUUAUUCUCAGUUUGCUACGAGAGAGUGGCUCGUGGAAUGCUGCACGCUGACAGAUUGACCUUCGCCCUUCUCCUCUGCAGAAUCCACCUGAAGGGGAUCUCCACAGAGUCCACCUACGACCAGGAAUUCACGUUCUUCUUACGAGGAAAAGAGGGAGUUCUCAACGUCAGGGGCCCGAUGAUCCAGUGCCUGAGCUCCGAGCAGCAGGAGGCCAUGCUGAGACUGAGCUUGAGGCUCCCAGCGUUCAAGAAACUCGCCCAGAACAUCCAGGACGACCAGGACUUCGCUACUUGGCUGCAGUCGUCGAACCCCGAGACCCAAGUGCCCAAACUCUGGGAGGAGGAGAAGCCCCUGACCCCAAUAGGCACAGCAGUCCACCAGCUCCUGAUAAUCCAGGCAUUCAGGCCAGACAGGGUGAUAGCAGCAGCGGCGUUAUUCAUCUCUGCAGCCCUUGGGGAGAAGUUCAUGGCAGCUGCAGAAGUGGAAUUGGACUUUGCGUCAGUAGUUGAGAACCAGUUGAAGGCAGCAGUGCCAGCUUUACUCUGCUCAGUCCCAGGAUUCGAUGCGUCAGGGAGGGUGGACGAUCUGGCAGCCGAACUGGGGAAGCAAAUAGUCAGCAUUGCGAUUGGAUCUGCUGAGGGCUUCAACCAGGCGGACAGAGCCAUCAACAUGGCUGUUAAGGCCGGCAGAUGGGUGAUGCUUAAGAACGUUCACCUGGCGCCUCAGUGGCUCGUGCAACUCGAGAAGAAGCUCCACAGCCUCCAGCCCCACGCUGGCUUCAGGCUCUUCCUCACGAUGGAGAUCAACCCGAAGGUGCCGGUAAAUCUGCUGAGGGCUGGUAGGAUAUUCGUAUUUGAGCCUCCACCAGGCAUCCGGGCCAAUCUCCUGAGGACAUUCAGCACAGUUCCUGCCUCGAGGAUGAUGAAGCCGCCCAAUGAGAGGGCUAGGCUGUAUUUCCUGCUGGCCUGGUUCCACGCCAUCGUCCAGGAACGCCUGAGGUACUCCCCCCUGGGGUGGGCCAAGUACUACGAGUUCAAUGAGAGCGAUCUUCGAGUGGCCUGCGACACCCUGGACACAUGGAUCGAGGCCACAGCCAUGGGGAGGACCAAUCUCCCACCUGAGAAGGUCCCCUGGGACGCCCUCGUGACGCUACUCUCCCAGUGCAUCUACGGUGGGAAGAUCGACAACGAUUUCGAUCAGCGACUGCUCGCCUCCUUUCUGAGGAAACUGUUCACCCCCAGGUCCUUCGAGUCUGAUUUCGCUCUCGUAGCGAACUUCGAUGGGGGCUCGCAGGGCAGUCAGAGGCACAUUACCAUGCCCGAUGGCACGAGGAGGGACCACUUCUUGAAGUGGAUAGAGUCCUUGUCGGAUAGGCAGACGCCGUCCUGGCUGGGGCUUCCCAACAACGCUGAGAAGGUUCUCCUGACGACUCGUGGGACGGAUUUAGUGUCGAAACUCCUGAAGAUGCAGCAGCUGGAGGAUGAGGAUGAGCUCGCUUACUCACACGACGAGUCCCUGGACGCUCCGAGGGAGGCCGAGGGCGAUGGAAGACCCUCGUGGAUGAGGGUUCUUCAUAAUUCUGCGUCCACCUGGCUGCAGCUCCUACCUAAGAACCUGCAGACACUCAAGAGGACUGUCGAGAAUAUUAAGGACCCUCUGUACAGGUACUUCGAACGAGAGGUAAACAGUGGGGCCAAACUCCUGCAGGACGUCAUCCACGACCUGGAGGAUGUGGUGCUGAUCUGCCAAGGGGAGAAGAAGCAGACGAACUACCACAGGACGAUGCUCUCCGAGCUGGUGAAGGGGAUUCUGCCGGCUGGAUGGAGGAGGUAUACAGUGCCACGAGGCUGCACCGUCAUCCAGUGGAUCACUGACUUCAGUCACAGGGUGUCACAGCUCCAGGAAGUCUCGCGUCUGGUGUCCCAGGGAGGGGCCAAGGAGAUCAAGAGCUUUCCCGUUUGGCUGGGGGGUCUGCUGAACCCUGAGGCCUACAUCACUGCCACCAGACAGUGCAUUGCACAGGCCAACAGCUGGUCCCUGGAGGAGCUGCAGCUGGUGGUGACCAUUGGCGAUGGCGAUAACAUCGCCACUGACGACUGCUCCUUUGCUGUCACUGGGCUGAAGCUCCAGGGGGCACUUUGCAAGGACAAUCAGCUGUAUCUCACUUCCACCAUCAUGACUGAUCUGCCUGUCACUAUGCUGAGGUGGGUGAGGUCCUCGGGGGAUGAUGUCAGAAAGGGAAAAUUGUCGCUACCUGUUUAUCUCAACAGCACGAGGACUGAACUGCUGUUCACUGUGGACCUCAAUACUGCUACCAAUCAGGAGCCCCACAGCUUCUAUGAGAGGGGCGUUGCGGUUCUCACUUCAACUGCUCUCAACUAAUCGUGGAUCAACCAUUAGUUCGCAUUAUGUUAUUAUAAAAUUGCAGUAUUUGUUUGAUGAGAAUGGAUAUUGCACUCUCUGCAUGUCUCACUGCUUUUUUCAAUGAGGAAGGGAUGUGUUUUGUUCUUUGUAAUUCUUUUCUAAUGGACUUUAGUCGAGUAUUUUUCUAAACUGCAAUUACUGGCGGGCAAUGAGUUUGAGGGAUUAUCAAGGCGAGAUAUGGUGGUUAUAUAUUUAUUGAAUUGUUUUAAUCUCAUGUAGAAUGAAGAAGCUUUUGUCUCCUAUUAUAUGAAGAAUAAUAUGAUAUUGUAAUUUAUUAGCCUUGAAUAAAUAUGGCCUGUUGCCGGAAGAA